CCAGUUCGCUGGACUGGAUGGCCAAGUCAAACAUCCAUUCCAUUCGCUGAGCGGCUUUCGCUGUUGAAUGAGCUGUUUAGCUAGUUUUCGUGGAACGGCCGCCGGUUCGUUUCGUCGCGUAUCUUUGAGAUACAAAAAUUAAAAUCGAAUCGAGUCUAUAUUGCAGCUGUCGUUGCGCGCGUGUUGUCGAUGAAAAUUGUGGAAUUAUAACAAUUAUUUCUCGAGUGGAAGUGUGAAAGUGAAAUAGUCGCGCCUAGAGCGACGCAAUUAGAUGAAAAUAUAGUUUACUCACGCUCUGUAUAUUUCUAUCUUUUGUGCGAGCGCGCUUCAACAAGUAAACCAAAAUUAAAAAAACCACUGGAGUGGAAGGCGCGUCCUUGAGCUCCCUAUUUAAGCACACCUGUUUUGGAACGAGAUACAUAUUCAAUUGCGAUUUGAGCCACCGAAAGGGACAGCCAGCAUCAGUUAGAAAGAGAGGGCAAGCGAGCGGUGGAGAGAGAUGAAUAAUUUCACAACCACAACAGCAGCCGCACCACCAAAGGAAGCGCUGCCCCGAUCAGGACAUGUUAAUGAGGUGUGCAAAGAGUGGCUCGUGCGUGAGGAUGGCGCUCUGGCCUAUAAACUCCAGUCCCAAGAGAUCAAUGACUUCUACAAAGGAAACCGGUACAGAAACGCGGUGGUUCGCGAGGAUUUCCCAACGGCGCUGCACGAACAGAUCAAGGAGAAGGAGCAGGCCCAGCGAAGGGUGGAUGCCUACAGGAGACGGCUAACUGAACAGGAGGAGCAUGACAAGCGUGUGGCCAAAGAAAUUGCUGACAAACUGGAGCGUGAUUUGCAGGAGCAACAGCAAAAGGAGGUGCAACAAAGCGAGUUGAUAGCCAAGCAAAUGCAGGAAAUCUAUGUUAAUCUGCCACCUGUGCCGCCGCCAGCAACUCGCGAGAAAGGCUCCCGACCGCCGCCCCGUCCCGCCAAAGCAAGUAUACACCUGCAACAGCAGCAACAUCAUCAGACACAGCAGCAACAUCAGCCAGAGCCGAGCACCUCACAGCAGGCUAGAUAUCACAGUCAGCAACAACAACAGCAGCAGCAGCAACCAUUGCAGCUACAGCAGCAACACUUCUCACAAACAGACAACUAUGUAGGAUUAUCGCUAAUACCAAAUAUUGUAGAUAUGCCAGCGGCGGCAGCAGCAACAUGCACCACUCCCACUAGAAAUGCACAGGCACACAAUCAGCUGUUGGUGAGUGAUGUCUUAUCAUCGCCACAGCAGCACCAACAACAUCACUCACGUUUUCAUCAUGCACAGCAGCAGCAGCAGCAUCAGCAGCAACAUCAAUCAUCAUCGCCGGCACGUCGACCACCAACAAAUGCCACCGCAUCCACUAUAACUAACAUGCCCAGCACUUCAUCCAUAACUCAGCACCCACCCACACAAUCCGCACAGGCAGCUGGCAUCGAUGAGCCGGUGGACUAUGCCGAUGUUGCUGACAGCAUACGCGACUACAACAUCGCUGCCACGAGCACGGCAGCAACAUCGGGCAGUGUUGUCGAUGCAGCUGCAACAUCACUCCAAAAACAACGCUCCCCGUCACACGAAAAUCUCCUAAGAACCGAACCGAAAUUUCAGAAAUUGUCACCCGAGAAAUACGAUCAACUGGUGGGCAAUUUCGGUUUGGGAUCCGGUGCGGGAUCGGGAUCGGCCAAGGCAGCUGAAAGACACAUGCAGCAACAUGCCGAUGACAUCGAGCUCUAUGUGGAUCCCUGUGAUUAUGCGAGCCUGCGGGAGAUCGGUCUGCCGAUGGAAGAGAUCCAGGAGAUGAGCAAGAAGCUCAAGCAGGAGCAGAAGGAUGAGUUGCUGGCUCGCAGGCUGCAGGCCAUUGAAUCCAAGGACUGUGUGCGACAGGAGCACAGGGAUCGUCUGCUGGCCAUUGAGGCGCAGGACAAGGAACUGGCCAAAAUGUUGCAGGACAGGGAGAAGGCCAAGGCCAAGCGGGCCAAGGAGAAAGCUCGAUUGCGAAAAAGUCAGCAGAAGGAAGCCGCAGAAGCUGGCAAUGGGAAUGGUGGUCUGCUCUGUGGCACCAAUUCCCAUUGUGGUCCGCUGCUCCCACUGCCCCCGGAUUGCCUUUCCACCACUGCCAAUCAUUCUCAGGCCGACAUCGAUGUGGAGGCCUACUCCAAUCCCAUAGACGUGCUCAACAACAGUCGUGAACAGAGGACCCACAAUGGACCUUUGACCAAUGGCAGCCUGACCAGAGAUGGGGGCUCCUCCAAUCACAGUUCCAUGCAGAGACAGCAGCGGAACAUGGCACCCAUUAGGGGAGAAGAUGAUAUCUACACUCUGCCCGUGGACAGUUGUCGGCCAGGACAAAGGCCUGUUUCACUACACAUGGCAGCGGAGGCAGUGCAACAGCUUCAGACCCACAAUUCUAUGACGAGAUCCGAGCAUUAUGGAUCCGAGGCUGGUUCCCAUGACAGUUCGCAUCAGAGUGGCCAGGACAUAUCACCCCACAUGAAAUACUCCAAGUCCGGCAAUUUCGGUAUAUAUAUCAAAGUGCCAGCCCCACGCCGCCUUACAUGCCAAUUCAGGGUACUCGACGAUCAAAUUCAAGUGAAGAUCGUAAAAAGAAGUCCAAGGACAAGUGCACGCAUCAGUAAACCAUUAUCACCCAUUUAAACCAACACAUACAUAUAUGCUUUCUACUCUCUUGACAAUGAAAUUGUUCAGAUCAAAAUCAUUACCUUUUAUUGAUUUAUUCAAACCUUUCUCACAUUGUAUCUCUAAAACUUAAAAGUAGUUUAUAGUUCAAAUACAUCAAAAAUAUGUAUAGUUUACUAUGUGUUUUCAGUAAUGGUUUUAAAAGAAGACAUUAUUGAAUUUACAAUAAAGAUUUUUUUAUAGAUACAUA